AUGGAUCCUAGUGUCAAACAACGUCUUCUCAACCACUGUGAUGACCCUAACUGGGUAGGUAAUGUUACUCCUGACAACGUCUCUUACCAUAGCCAAGCCUCUGCCAACAGCCAAUCUAUUUGCGGCUCCUGGAUGAGUGUAAGCGAUUGCUCCACAGUCACCAACAUCGCUUUGUUUGGUAUCAUCACGAAAGCUGAGCUGUCCGAAUAUGGAAACCAGUACACGGUGCCGUUCAAUAGUUGGAAGGAGCAAGGUUGUAUCAAAGUGAAUUUGACCAAGUUUCAGAUUCAUCUCAGUCUUCCUCUCAGUGCUCUGGCAAGUUUGAAGAAGAGGUUUGCGGACCAACUCGUUGCCCUCAACCAUCUCAAAAAUGCAUCCACACUCGGCCACCUUGUCGAAGGUGUCAUAUCCAUCCACAGCCAUCGACUUCCAAUCUCUCUGGACUACCUCCGCUCCUUCUUCACUAACUUCAGAGCUCCCGUAUCCUGCAAUCACCUCUGCUUCCCUCGAUGGUCACCACCCCCUCUUUUCAAUAUAUUACCUACACCUCCCUAA